GUUGUGGCACGGCAGUCGCAGCCGCGAUGGAGGCCAAGCGCAAGGAGUACGAGCCGGCGUCGGUGGCACAGUAUUACGAGAGCAUCUCGGACUGCUUGAGCUUCAACUCUACCAUCGAGCAACUACGAUCGUAUGCACGGAAGCGGCGCACGUUGAUUCAAACGGACGGCUACGAAGCCGUGUUGAACCGGUCGAAACGAACGCAGUUGUCGUUCUCGUCAUAUCACAGCAUGUCGAACUCUGGUUUGAUGCCGUCAGCAAUGUCGAUGCAUUCAGCCGCGCUGAAACCCCCCAUACCUGGACAGACGACCGUGGUGCCUACAAAGGUGCAGCCAAAUAUCUUACCCAUGCACGACACAAUGAGCAAGCAACUUGCUCCGAAACUCGUGAAACCCAACCCAACGCCCCAGCCGUCGCCUCAACCCGUGCAGCUCAAACCCGUCGGCGACACUCCGAGCAUCUUAGCUGUUGGAAGCGACGUCGUUGUGCAUCACACCGAGAAAUUGACGGCGUAUGGCUUGGGCCACUUGGGCGGCCGUAAGGGCACAGUCGUGUCGGUCCCUGCGGCAAAAGGCCAGUUUCUGUAUGGCGUGAUGUUUGACAACACUCUGCACCACGUGCCGCUCGAGUCGCUCGUGUCCGCCGAUGGCGCCAUGUCGACGCAGAUGAAGCUGCCUGCGUCAAGCCAACUCAAGCUCGAACAAUCUUUUCACAUGCACCGCCUGAUGCAAGACCAAUUCAAGGAGAUUCAGGCGCUACAGAACAAGCACGCCGAGCACCGCGUCGCCAACAACUCGGCUGCAAUGGCCGACGUUCAAAAGUCGCUUGCCGUUCUCCGCAACUUGCACUUGUCCCAGAUCCGUGCGCUCAAGGCAAAACACGACGAAGAACUGCGCCAGAAGGAGCUGACGUAAUAAUGCGAACUACACCACGCCAUGCAUCUCUCUUCCACACGAUGUGAUCGAACGAACUCGAGCGCUGCUGCGGGCACAUUUACGCAGGGUGGCAGACCCAC